AAUUGAUAGAUGUUAGUAAUUCAGAGAAAAUAAGGGAGAUUUGGAGUCGGGAGAAUCUACGCUUCGCUCUUGCCCUUCCAUCUCCAUUUCCAUCAUCUGCACCUCGGAAUCCGUUGAUUUAAGAUGAUCUUUGUUAGCGACCGGCCCUAUCCUCCCAACUCCUCCUCCUCCUCCUCCUCCUCCUCCGCCUCAUCUUCAUCUUCAUCUUCAUCUUCUCAGCCUACUAAUAUUUUGGUCGCAUUGAUGCAAAACCCAAUUCUAGUGUCUGCCUCGAAUUCAUUCAAAUUGCAGGAUUCUGGUUUUGCGAUGCCACAAAACACUAAAUUUGUCUAUGUUUUCCAAAGAGAAUAUGCAACCGUCGAUCCUGCCCUUGUCCAUUUUGUUGGCACUGAUGAAGCAACAACAUGUGUUUGCCUGGUCAUUCGCAACCGCAAAACUGGAAUGAUCUCUGUUGCUCACAUGGAUUCUCCCAAAGUUGUUGAUUUGGGUCUCACUCAGAUGUUAUCGCUACUCAUUCAUCAUCAUUCAGAAAAUGCCGAUUUCGAUGUGCAUUUAGUUGGUGGUUUUGAAGAUGUGUCGCCUAAUCACGCUAACAACAGAAGCACAAAUUCAAAGUGGUGUGCAAAACCAGAUGGUUAUUCAUUUCCUUUGUGUGCAAAAAUAGUUGAAACUCUACAAAACAGGCAGGAAAAUUUUCACAUCCAAACUUUGUUUGUUCUUGGGCAUAACACCGAGAGGGAUUCUCAAGGAAAUGCAUGUCCCAUUGUCAGGGGUCUUCUGGUAGAAACCUCUACUGGAUCUGUCAUGCCAGCCAGCUUUGAUAUAACUUCAAGAUGUCCAGAUGAAAUUGUUAGGAGACUUAGAGUGUCUGCAGCACAUGAAGACCCAAAUUGGAAAGGAAAAUUACUGGACACAUAUGACACUCCAACUGAUCGAUUCAUUAUUGCUCCUUGCUGUUGGACUGUACGCCUAGUACGAAUUGUUUCAUCACUACAAAAUCUUUCUGACACAGACAUCCUCCUUAUGUGUUCUACCUCGCCUUUUGCUGAAGGUCCAGAUUUUGUGGAGAAUGAAAGGAGGUUGUGGGACUAUCUAAUCAAACAUCCAGAGUGGGGAGAAACUUUUCCCAUGAGUAAGCCGCGUGUCUUUGAAAGGACUGCUGAGGGAGGGUGGAAACAAGCUGACUAUGACCAUCACCGUGAGGAUGGAUCCAGGUUAGUUAAUAACAGGAACCCAGUGGUUGGCUCCAGUGAACAGAGGAGUCCCGAGGUCCUGUAAGCAAUAUGCAAGCUUUCUUCCUCUGCUGAUUGAUGUGUAUGAUCAACAAUGUUUGUUGCUCUGAGAUUAGAAUAAUAAAUUUGCUAUGAUGCUUUCUUGUUGGCUAUUGGAGAAAGAUUGUACAAGGAUUCAACAUUUUUUAAGUUUGUACUGUGAUGUACCGUAUCAAGAAAUGCAGUGACUGGAUAGGACUAGGGCUAAGCAUCGAGUUUGAGUAUAUAUGAUAUCUGUGGGUGCUGGAUCUGUUCAUGUAGGUAUUUUACCUGUAUUUGAAAAGAGGCAAUUAAAUAUCAGGAAUGAAAAUGCAUACUAUCAAGUGUCAGGUUAAGU